AUGGUCAACCACAGCUCCCCAGUGGGUUUCAUUCUCCUGGGCUUCUCUGAAUACCCACACCUCGAGAAGAUUCUCUUUGUGGUGGUCUUGUGUUCCUACCUCCUCACGCUCCUAGGAAACACACUCAUCCUCCUGCUGUCCACACUGGAUCCCAGGCUCCACUCUCCAAUGUACUUCUUCCUCUCUAACCUCUCCUUCUUGGACCUCUGCUUCACCACAACCUGUGUGCCCCAGAUGCUGGUCAACCUCUGGGGCCCCACAAAGGCCAUCAGCUUCCUGGGAUGUUUUGUCCAGCUCUUCAUCUUUUUAUCCCUGGGGACAACCGAGUGCAUCCUCCUGACAGUGAUGGCCUUUGACCGCUAUGUGGCUGUCUGCCAGCCCCUGCACUAUGCCACCAUCAUCCACCCCCGCCUGUGCUGGCAGCUGGCAGCUCUGGCCUGGAUCAUUGGCCUGGUGGAGUCAGUGGUUCAGACACCAUCCACUCUUCACCUGCCCUUCUGUCCCCACCAUCAGGUUGAUGACUUCGUGUGUGAAGUCCCUGCUUUGAUUCGACUGUCCUGUGGAGAUACCACCUAUAAUGAGAUCCAGAUGGCUGUUGCCAGUGUCUUCAUCUUGGUUGUGCCUCUGAGCCUCAUCCUUGUCUCUUACGGUGCCAUUGCCAGGGCAGUGCUGAGGAUAAACUCUGCAAAAGGGCGCAGGAAAGCUUUUGGGACCUGUUCCUCCCACCUCAUUGUGGUCACCCUCUUCUACAGCUCAGUCAUUGCUGUCUACCUGCAGCCCAAAAAUCUCUAUGCCCGAGAGAGGGGCAAGUUCUUUGGUCUCUUCUAUGCAGUGGGCACUCCUACACUCAACCCUCUCAUAUACACCCUGAGGAACAAGGAUGUCAAGAAGGCAUUCAGGAGGCUGCUGGGGAAGGAAGUAGAGCCCAGCUGA